UCUGACGCGCAAAAACUCAACUGUCCGAGCUGUUAUUUCUUAAUCUUUUUUUUUUUUUAUUCUUUUUGCCUAUUUCUAAUCUUCACCCAGGCCCUAAUUUACCCCCACGAGAAGCUCAUUGAUCCGUAAUACUUCACCAUGGCAUCCAAACCUUCGAUUUUAUUUGCGUUCUUUGUCAUAACUCUGCUUCAUGUAGCCCAUUCAUUGCAGUGUUACCGCUGUGAAAACAUCUACAAGAUCACAGAAUAUGCGCCUGACACUCCUGUUACCUGCGGUAGCUCUAGUAACAGAUGCGUCACGGCAAAGCUUUCCUACAAAACCAACCAGACCGAACGAGGUGAGGUGGAGACGUUUUACAGAACAUGUACCACUAUGGCGGAAUGUAACAUUGCCACUGCUCCGCGCAAAGAUAUUAAGGACGCCAUCUGUGAAUUCAAGUGCUGUGAAGAUGAUCUAUGCAACAACAGCGCUCGUUCUUCGAGCCAAGUCUUCCAUUUGCUAGUCUUCGCUUUUAUUGGGUUACUUUUACCAGCUUGAUCCUUGUAAACAGUGCAUUUUCCGGGUGUGUUUUAUGAUAUCUUAGAUAUGAACAAUUUCAACAUUUCCAUCUAUUUUUUCGCUGAACUACUGCAUCUCUCCGUCAUGAAAUAAUCAGUUGUCUUAUUUCUUAUGUUAUCAGUAUCUAACUUUCAGGACCCAUCUUAUAUCAAAUGUAAACAUUAAGCGUUUGAAAGGAAUUAAGAGUAGGUCCGCCUUAGGGGUGACACUUAUCUCGCUCAGUGGUGCAAAUAAAAAAUGUUAGUCUAACUUAGGGUGUUCAGGUCAUGACAAUAUUUUAAAUGUUGAGCUAUCUUUUAG